AUGUUACUAGAGACAGCACAUCUUAAUGGCGACAGCAGGCGUGUACCUGCCACCAGGAGAAAUAUAACUGGAGAAAAAGAGAGGAUAUUGGUCCUAGGAGAAAUGUCUCUGUCCAAGAUUCUAACGGAAGAUUUCCUAACGUGCAGCAUAUGCCUUGAGAAGUUCAAAGAACCCAAGGUUCUCAGCUGUGCGCAUACCUUUUGCCAACAUUGCCUCCAAGACCACUGGGACAGUAAUUUCCAAGGCCAUGGUUGCCUUAGAAUCAAAGCUGCUGCAGACAAACGCAAGGAAAAACUAGAACUCCUCGUUAGGCCCAUUGAGAAGAAAAGUCUACUCUACGAUCAGUUCAAGACCGCCGCUGAAGACCAGAAAGCGCUAAUAGAAGAAGGAAGAAAAAAGGCAAAGAGUCAGGUUAACAACCAGAUUGAGCUAGUUAUUAAGAUGGUCCGCCAACAUGCCGAUGAUCUUCUGGGAGAAAUAGAUGCCAAGUCGAAUGCAAAACUAGAGGUGUUAAAUGCUUUAAUUGCAACUGCUACCGCUGAGCAGAAUCAGCUGGACGACGCUGUAGACUUUUCGAGAAAGCUCAUAAACCAUGGGAAUGACAUGGAUGUCCUGCAAAUGGCCUCCGCCUGUGAGCAAAGCAACAUAAGCGUCCAGACUCUCGACAUCCCGACCCUGCCCGCAGCCAUGACCCAGCUACAGCUGAUCACCAACGACAUGGAGGAGUGCGUUACCAAUAUCAACCGUUGCCUUGGAGACGUGGUUCCAGCUGUAAGUGGAAGAUUAGUGACAUCAUUCAAAGUAGAACUGACCAAGACUCCUGAAGAGAUGAUCACUCACGUGACCAGUGAUACAAAUGGUGACAUCCUUAUUGGUAUUUGUUGUAAUGAGGACAAGUCACGGAAUAGAAUCCACAUCUACGAUGCCACCUUUGUCCUACAGGGCACAAUUCCAAGCCAAAAAACAGCAGAAAAUGAGGCGUUUUCUGGGAUUGCCUUUGAUGCUGACGGUAACAUCGUCACUAGAUGCCAGGUGUCAAAUGAAAUCAUUGUCUACACCAAGACAGGGGACCACGUGAGAACAUUCCACAGUGAGUCACCACAUGCAGUAGCGGUUAACAGCAAGGGUCAAUAUGUGGUGGCCGGUCGUAAUACUCUGACUGUGCACCACAAGGAUGGCAAGGUCCUGCAGACGACACCAGACCCAGGGGGUAAAUAUUACAAAUACGUCCACCGCAACAUGAAUGACGAUGUCAUCGUCACAGGAGAUGAUCACAUCCGUGUAUACGAUUCCACUCUCCAGCUUAAAUACAGAUAUGGUACCCAGGGUGAUGGGGACGGAAAAGUUAACAUUCCGCGUGGUACAUGCUGCUUGGAUAAUGGAGACAUAAUUGUAGCAGACGUCAACAGCCAUCGUCUACACCUGGUGUCACCAGAUGGGAAAUUCAAGCAGUUUAUUUUAAGCAAAGACAAUGGACUACGCUAUCCGAGAGAUGUUACUAUAAGCCAUCUCGGAAAACUGGUUUUUGCGGAAGAUGGAGGCGAGAUUAAGUUUUUUGAAUUAUGA